AGACCCCGGGCAGGCCAGGGACAAGUCAGUAAACCAUGGAGAACUCUGUGCUAUUUUGGGUGACAAAUCUGAUAGUCAACAGCCUUCUCUUGGUGUCAGGCAAGUCUUGUUUUCAAAUGUGUGUUAGCUGCUCUUGUGGCCUACUUGACACAUCACUCUUUUGUCCUUAAGUUCAAAGAGUCCACGAAGUUUUAUAAAAUAGUUUCUUUGAAAUAAAUGAAACAAAACAAAAAAUGCACAGAAUAUACCUUUUUACAAAUUUGUAUGUAAAUGUUUUUUUAACCUCUUCUAUGAUGAUUGAUUCUAUGGUUUAUGAUAUUUAUUUCCAUAAGUUUUAAUGUUUGUUUGUUUUUGUUUUUUGGUUAGGGUUUAUGUGUUUUUGUUUUUUGGUUAGGGUUUAUGUGUUUUUGUUUUUUGGUUAGGGUUUAUGUGUUUUUGUUUUUUUGGUUAGGGUUUAUGUGUUUUUGUAGUUGGGUUAGUUUGUUUACUUUUUAAAUUUUAUAUAUAUUAUAGUGUACGGGGUGGGGCUGGGGAGGGGUAAAUGAUAAUAAUAAAUAUUGCUCUUCAUAUUAAAUAAACUUAUUUAUGAAGAAAACAUUUCAACAACCCCCCCCCCCAUUUUCCCUUGACGCUACUCAUCAAAGCAAUCAAUAUUUAAUUUACUUAUUAAAAGAAAGACAUUUCACAAUUAUUUAUCUUUUAGGGACCACAUUCCCAUGUAUCAACCAGGAACCCAUACAAGAAACAGCAUAUGUUGGCGCUUAUGAGGUGCACUUUCCUAGCAGCAUGUAAGUCUGGCAACGUUUACAGCAUUUUAUGAUGACUUGAUUCAGUCGGGGGAUUCAUAUAAAGUCAUAUUAUGGGCCCACUCAUACACGUCAAAUGUUAAUAUUUUUAUAAUUUUUAUUAAAGGUUCUCACGUAUUUCUGCUGAAGGCCAAAUUAAACACAGGAUGAGCUUCUCCGAUUUAUCUAAAAUUCCGUUGCCUUAACACCUGGGGUCCUAGAGAGUUUCCACCUUUAUGAAUCAGGUGUUGGUCUAGCAUGGUGACAGCUUUAUGAAUCAGGUGUUGGUCUAGCAUGGUGACAGCUUUAUGAAUCAGGUGUUGGUCUAACAUGGGACAGCUUUAUGAAUCAGGUGUUGGUCUAACAUGGGACAGCUUUAUGAAUCAGGUGUUGGUCUAACAUGGGACAGCUUUAUGAAUCAGCUUUUGGUCUAGCAGGGUGACAGCUUUAUGAAUAAGGUGUUGGUCUAGCAUGGUGACAGCUUUGUGAAUCAGGUGUUGGUCUAACAUGGGACAGCUUUAUGAAUCAGGUGUUGGUCUAACAUGGGACAGCUUUAUGACUCAUGUGUUGGUCUAGCAUGGGACAGCUUUAUGACUCAGGUGUUGGUCUAGCAUGGUGACAGCUUUAUGGCUCAAGUGUUGAUCAAACAUGGGACAGCUUUAUGAAUCAGGUGUUGGUCUAGCAUGGUGACAGCUUUAUGGCUCAUGUGUUGAUCUAACAUGGGGCAGCUUUAUGACUCAGGUGUUGGUCUAGCAUGGUGACAGCUUUAUGGCUCAUGUGUUGGUCUACCAUGGGACAGUUUUAUGAAUCAGGUGUUGGUCUAACAUGGGACAGCUUUAUGAAUCAGGUGUUGGUGUAGCAUGGGAAAGCUGUAUGAAUCAGGUGUUGGUCUAGCAUGGUGACAGCGUUAUGGCUCAGGUGUUGGUCUAACAUGGGACAGCUUUAUGAAUCAGCUUUUGGUCUAGCAUGGGACUGCUUUGUGGCUCAGGUCUUGGUCUAGCAUGGUGAUAGCAUUAUGGCUCAGGUUUUGAUCUAACAUGGCACACCUUUAUGACUCAGGUGUUGGUCUAACAUGGGACAGCUUUAUGGCUCAGGUUUUGGUCUAGCAUUGGACAGCUUUAUGACUCAGGUGUAGGUCUAGCAUGGGAAAGCUUUAUGAAUCAGGUGUUAGUCUACCAUUGUGACAGCUUUAUGGCUCAGAUGUUGGUCUAACAUGGGACGGCGUUAUGAAUCUGGUGUUGUUCUAACAUGGGACAGCUUGAUGGAUCAGGUGUUGGUCUAGCAUGGGACAGCUUUAUGGCUCAGGUGAUGGUCUAACAUGGUGACAGCGUUAUGACUCAGGUGUUGGUCUAACAUGGGACAGCUAUAAUAUGGCUCAGGUGUUGGUCUAACAUGGGACAGCUUUAUUGUUCAGGUGUUGGUCUAACAUGGACAGCUUUAUGGCUCAGGGGUUGGUCUAGCAUGGGACAGCUUUAUGGCUCAGGUGUUGGUCUAGCAUGCGACAGCUUUAUGGCUCAGGGGUUGGUCUAACAUGGGACAGCUUUAUGGCUCAGGGGUUGGUCUAACAUGGGACAGCUUUAUGGCUCAGGGGUUGGUCUAACAUGGGACAGCUUUAUGGCUCAGGGGUUGGUCUAACAUGGGACAGCUUUAUGGCCCAGGUGUUGGUCUAACAUGGACAGCUUUAUGGCUCAGGGGUUGGUCUAACAUGGGACAGCUUUAUGGCUCAGGGGUUGGUCUAACAUGGGGCAGCUUUAUGGCUCAGGUGUUGGUCUAACAUGGGACAGCUUUAUGGCUCAGGGGUUGGUCUACCAUGGGACAGCUUUAUGGUCCAGGUGUUGGUCUAACAUGGACAGCUUUAUGGCUCAGGGGUUGGUCUAACAUGGGACAGCUUUAUGGCUCAGGGGUUGGUCUAGCAUGGGACAGCUUUAUGGCUCAGGUGUUGGUCUAACAUGGGACAGCUUUAUGGCUCAGGUGUUGGUCUAGCAUGGGACAGCUUUAUUGCUCAGGUGUUGGUCUAGCAUGGGACUAAUUCACUUCCCGCUAAUAUCUGUUAACAGGGUAGCGCAGCCCACCCAGUGCCGUUGGCGUAUAUCCGCCUACCGGAAAGACUACGUUAUCAGUUUGGAUUUUAUUGACGUGAACCUCACGGAGAACUCCCGCGACGGCACGUGCCUCGAGCUAGUGACAGUUUACGACGGUAAGUGAAACACUUAGUCUAUUUUUCAUGGUGACCCCGGGGUCUAUGGGUCUGUGUCGCACGGUGACCCCGGGUUUCAGCGGUCUAUGUCUCCUGAUGAACCCAGAGUCUAGGGGUCUAUGCCUCACACUGACCCCGUGGUCUAUGGGUCUGUGUCUCAUGGUUACCCCGGAGAUUGGGCGCCAUGGUCUCAUAGUGACUCCGGAGCUCAGGAUGCAAGUCUGGGGAAAAAAUGAAUGGCCUAAGACGCACAUCAGGUCAGUGUGGAGGAUGCUAUCCUGAGAUUGGGACAGCCUGGUCUAAACAUGGAUAAACUAUCCUAAGGUUGAGAAAACCUAGAGUAAACGUGGAUAAACUAUCCUGAAGUUGAGAAAACCUAGAGUAAACGUGGAUAAACUAUCCUGAGGUUAGGACAACCUUAGUGUAAACAUGGAUCAACUAUCCUGAGGUUAGGACAACCUUAGUGUAAACUUUAAACGUGGAUAAACUAUCCUGAGGUUGAGACAACCUAGUGUAAGCGUGGAGAAACUAUCCUGAAGUUGAGACAACCUUGUGUAAACGUGGAUAAACUAUCCUGAGGUUGAGACAGCCUACUUUAAACGUGGACAAACUAUCCUGAGGUUGAGACAGCCUACUUUAAACGUGGACAAACUAUCCUGAGGUUGAGACAACCUAGUGUAAACGGGGAUAAACUAUUCACUCUGUUAGGACAACCUUGUGUAAACGUGGAUAAACUAUCCUGAGGUUGGGACAACCUAGAUUAAACGUGGAUAAACUAUCCUGAGGUUGAGACAGCCUACUUUAAACGUGGAUAAACUAUCCUGAGUUUAGGACAAUCUAGUGAAAAUGUGGAUAAACUAUCCUGAAGUUGAGACAACCUGGAGUAAACGUGGAUAAACUAUUCACUUUGUUAGGAAAACAGACUGUAAACGUGGAUAAACUAUCCUGAGGUUAAGACAACCUAGUGUAAACAUGGAUAAGCUAUUCUUAGUUUAGGACAACCUAGUGUAAACGUUUAUAAAUGAUAAUCACGAUUAUGUAAACAAAAUCGUUUUUGUCUGGUUCUUUUUAUUUGUGGGUCUGUGUUCGUAUGUUUGUGUUUGUGGGUGUCUGUGGGUGGGUUGGUGGUUACAGAAUUAAAGCCAAUGUCUGUUAUUCCGAUCAACAUAUCACAUAGCAUUGCACGUGACAUUACAGAUGACAUUACACAUGACAUUACAGAUGACAUAACACAUGACAUUACAGAUGACUUACAGCUCAACACUAAUUUUUCCCAAACUUUUCUAUAACCCACCACCUCUUUGAAAUAUUGUACUAUUCUCACAUCCCUUCAAUCUAUUUGACUAUUCUCUAACCUAUACGAACUAUUUGACUAUUCUCAUACCCAUACACACUAUUUUACUAUUCUCACACCGAUACAAACUAUUUGACUGUUCUCACUCUACAUACGGGUAGUCUCGCAUCCCUAAAUAUAUAUAUAUAUAUAUAUGACAUAACACUAAAAGAGAGAAACGAUAUAAGUACGUUCGUAUUCCUAAAAACAAUCUUGGUUAUUUUUCUAUUAUUUUACGAAAAUCGAAUAAAUUUAAAUGCGCAACAAAUAUUUUAAAUCCGCUUUUAUUUUAUUAAAAGUUGGAGUUAUAUUAUUAUAAAUUACAAAUGCAUUUAAAGUAACAUAAGGAACAAUUUUAAGCAUUUUAUAUAUGUUUAAAAGUUAUGAAAAAAUAUUUAAAAAUUUAAAAAAUCAUGAUCAAAGAAUUACACCAUUAUCACAUUUAUCUGGAAACCCCACGAAUCAGUCGUUUUUGGUGCGUCCUUUAGUGCGUUGUUAAUAUUGCGAUAUAAAAUUAACAUUAAUUUGUUCUAAAUAAUCGCGCAAAUGACGUCAUAGCGCGAAUCGCCUAUUUCACCAAAACUCUUAGAUUUCUUUAAAUUUAAUAACAACGCGUGACAAAACUGGUAAUGUAUUUUCCCUUCCUAAAAAUAAAAUUAAUAGAUAAAAUUGAUUUUCUUUUUAAAUUGUUAAUAAAACACACACACACACACAUUUUUGCUUUGUAUAUUUUUAAUUUUAAAAAUGUAUGCCUUUUUUUAUUCCAAAAAUAUACUUUAUUAAAUUUAUAAAGCAAUAACAACUAACCUUUAAACAUAAUUCUAAUAAGAAAAUGCGCUUUAAGUCAAUCGUGCAGCGUAACUCCAUAGCCAAAUAGCAUUCACUAAUCCACUUAUAACUCGUACAAAUAAGAGCGAACCAUAUGAAGUGCAAGUGUAUACGUUUUUACGUGGAUGACAAUAUAUUUAAAUCCUAUGGUAUUACUUUUGUGAAAAAAGAGAUGUUAAAUUCUCUUUUUACAAAUAAACAUAUGUUUACCAAUUAAGAAAAUCAAUAGCGUUAACAAAUCUUGGGUACGUUUAUUUUAAGUAUAUCCAUGAAUAUCAAAACCCAAUCAUUUUACACAUUUGAAAUUUACAUGUUGACAAGUGAAGAUGGGUUAAUAUUUUCUUUUUUUUUAAUUAAAAUAUAUUUUUGUUGUUACUUUUCAAAAAGUAGAGAGGUGUGUAUUUUUAUGAGAUUAACAAUUUAUUUUUUUUAGAAGACAGUCAAAUCUUAUAGGCGUGAAAAACAGUUUCGAGAUUCUUCUUAGAUUAAAGAAUUCUUUGUUUUACGAUUUUCUAAUAGUGUAUAAUUUUUUUAAAAAGUCAAAAAUGUUUUUAAAUUUUUGAUGAAGAUAUCAAUAUGUAUCGAAUUCCUGUAAUUCAAAAUAUAUUUAUAUCAUAUAUAGAGUUUUUGUUGUAAAUUUAAGAUCAUUUUUUUUUUAAUUUUGAGAGAAAAAAGUUGUAAUUCAAGGGCACGAAAAGGGGUAAAUCUUAACUUUUUCUCUAGCUCAGUAAUUGUCCUUCAAUUAACUUCUUUAAUGACAAAAGUGAGAUAAUUGGUGAUAAUUUGGAUUGGGUAAUUUAAGGUCAUGUUUAGAGGGGAAAAAGUAGUUUUGAAACGUGAAAGGGAGUUAGGUAGGCGUAUAAUAUAUAGAAGAUAAAUACUUCUAAAAGGUUAAUGAUUUUAGAAACGGAAAUAUUAUUACAUUUUUAAAGAUAUGAAUUAGGACGAUUUUUUGCAAUAGCAGUUAAAAAUUAUCGCAAAGGACCUACCAUUAUUACCCCGAUAACAUCGGGUCAUUUAUUCUAGUACAAAGUAAUGAGCUAUUUUAACAUAAGAAAAGGUAUGGACUUCUAAAUAAUUCUUGAAUUGCAAAGAGAACCAUAUAACUUAGAGAGUACAAUCGCGCCUCAUUAAAAAUACAAGAAGGACAAUGCUAAUAAAUAAAUGUUUACAAAUUAAUACUAAUGUUUCCUCUGUUCUCUUAAUAUCUUUUCCUGUCACCCACAUCGCAACCCGAGUUGGGGGAAACUUGUCUAAUCCGUCACAGCAACAUCUCCAACGACUUGUAUGUCACUUUGACAUUUAAUAGAAAGUCCCAAGUUAACCUGGCUCCUGGAGUUGUCCCACCCAUCCCCUGCACCUUCUGCACAAAAACAUGUCGUGUCAGAAUCGGCCCGAUCGGCCUUUUGCGCACCCAAAGACCGAUUCAGUCCCCAGCACCAAGGAGAUGUUAAAUGGACACGUUCGCAUUUUGACGGGACGAACUAACACACCGAUGAACACUCAUAGUUAUAACCACAUUACCAACACCUCAUAUGUCGCCACGAAAUUAUGAAUGCUCAUAUUAUCGCAUAGCCUAUCUCAAGUUGUUUGUUCGGCCAUUCAAACAAAAUCUCUAUUCAUCUCGACCGAUCGAAGUCUGGCCUCGAUCGAUUAUCGUUUUCUGCCUCAAUCGAUAGCUUACCUCUAGCUAUCACUCUUGUUGUCAGCCACCAAGAAUAUUCGAUCAUUUUCCAUAUUGACUGUCUACUCUGCUGGUCAAACCAAAACAACAUGGCUGCAAAUAACAACAUUGCUGCCAGAAACAACAUGGCUGCCAGACAUAAACCGUACCACAACACAAAAGAGCUCACUUAAGUUCUUAUUAUGUACAAACCUUUGCAUUAUGGGGGGGGGGGAAUUUUAUAUUGCGUUAUCUUUUUUAUAUUGGGGAUCUUUGCUUUAAUGGGGCUCUUUUCUUUGUAUGGGAGAUCUUCACUUCACAUUGGGAUCUUUGCUUUAUGUCGAGAUCUUUUGCUGCCAGAAACAACAUGGCUGCCAGACAUAAACCGUACCACAACACAAAAGAACUCACUUAAGUUCUUAUUAUGUACAAACCUUUGCAUUAUGGGGGGGGGGGGAAGUUUAUAUGGCGUUAUCUUUUUUAUAUUGGGGAUCUUUGCUUUAAUGGGGAUCUUUUCUUUGUAUGGGAGAUCUUCACUUCACAUUGGGAUCUUUGCUUUAUGUCGAGAUCUUUCUUCAUAUUGGAGAUCUUGGCUGUAUGUGGCGAUCUGUUCACAACGCAUGGGCAAACCUGGGCCUCCAAUGAUUUUCCUAACAUCACUUAAGUAGGUUAGAGUGAAAUGUGUGUGUGUGUGGGGGGGGGGCAGGGGGAGGGGGGCCUCAGUCAUUAAACUUUCUCAGAUUUUGUUAAUACGGCCCUUAUCCCGGUACAGUUCGUAUGUAGAUGUCCAUCUGUGGUGUGCGUCAUGGUCAUAAUUAUGUCACCAUGUUUGGUAGACGUCAAAGACAAGGGUAGUUCGGAUAAUCAGCGUGCGGAAAAUCGAAACUUUAUUGCAGUUUUUAUUCUAUUGCUUUCCCGGACGUGUCCCCUUCAUCAUUCCCUUCAUUGUUCCUUCAUCGUUUCAUUCAUUGUUCCCUUCAUCGUUCCAUUCAUGGUUCCCUUCAUCGUUCCAUUCAUGGUUCCCUUCAUCGCUCAAUUCAUUGUUUCCUUCACCAUUCCCUUCAUCGCUCCUUCAUUGUUCCAUUCAUUGUUCCCUUCAUUGUUCCAUUCAUUGUUCCCUUCAUCGUUCCAUUCAACACUACCUUCACCAUUCCCUUCAUCGCUCCUUCAUUGUUCCAUUCAUUGUUCCCUUCAUCGUUCCAUUCAACACUACCUUCAUCAUUCCCUUCAUCGUUCCAUCAAAGUUCCCUUCAUUGUUCCAUCACCAUUCCCUUCAUUGUUCCCUUCAUCGUUCCAUCAUCAUUCCCUUCACCAGCCCCUUCAUUGCUCGCCUCACUGGUCCGUUCAUUGCUUCAUUUCAUCUGGGGUAUAUGGCUGUCUCCGAUCAUAACAGUACAAUUACACUUACACCGACAGGAUCUGACGUCACGGAUAACGUGCUGACGACAUUCUGCGGCCAGGAGGAUCCCUCCUUUGUAUCGUCGUCACGUGACACCCUGGUGGUCUUCAGCUCCAACGAGACGCUUGUGGCCGGCGGGAGAUUCAGGUUGAGGUACAAGGCCGUCAAAGACCGUGCUAAUAAUGAUGGUGAGGGUUUGUUUUUUUAAUUAAUAAAUAAUAUUAUUAUCAGAGGUAAAGUCAUUGGGGGGAAAAGUGGGGGGGGGGGUGUGUUCUCACCCCAAAAUUCCUGCCCCCUUCCGAAAAGAAUUUGUAUAUACUCCUUAGCCGCCGAAAUAAAGGACAGGCACGCCGAUCUCAUAGUAGAGGAGUUAAAUUGAAAUAUUUUAAUGUUACAUUUGAAAUCAAACUUCCUGGACUCGUGCUAAAUGGUGCGCGCCUUGCAAACGCACCAGGCGCAUUUUUUAAUUUUUUUUAUAUUUUUUUCGGUAUGAAUUUCAUUUAGCACACUUAUCGUGAAUUUCAUUUAGCACACUUAUCGUGAAUUUCAUUUAGCACACUUAUCGUGAAUUUCAUUUAGCACACUUAUCGUGAAUUUCAUUUAGCACACUUAUCGUGAAUUUCAUUUAGCACACUUAUCGUGAAUUUCAUUUAGCACACUUAUCGUGAAUUUCAUUUAGCACACUUAUCGUGAAUUUCAUUUAGCACACUUAUCGUGAAUUUCAUUUAGCACACUUAUCGUGAAUUUCAUUUAGCACACUUAUCGUGAAUUUCAUUUAGCACACUUAUCGUGAAUUUCAUUUAGCACACUUAUCGUGAAUUUCAUUUAGCACACUUAUCGUGAAUUUCAUUUAGCACACUUAUCGUGAAUUUCAUUUAGCACAUUUAUCGUGAAUUUCAUUUAGCACACUUAUCGUGAAUUUCAUUUAGCACACUUAUCGUGAAUUUCAUUUAGCACACUUAUCGUGAAUUUCAUUUAGCACACUUAUCGUGAAUUUCAUUUAGCACACUUAUCGUGAAUUUUAUUUAGCACACUUAUCGUGAAUUUCAUUUAGCACACUUAUCGUGAAUUUUAUUUAGCACACUUAUCGUGAAUUUCAUUUAGCACACUUAUCGUGAAUUUCAUUUAGCACACUUAUCGUGAAUUUCAUUUAGCACACUUAUCGUGAAUUUUAUUUUGUGAAAUCAGUGACAUCAUAUUUCUUUCAUCUUCCCUUGCUAAACAGGAAAAACUGAUUUUUUGUAGAUUUUGGGCUGAAAAUUUAAUAUUUCCUUUUGUGUUUUUCUUCCUCAAUAAUACUCAGAAGUAGCAGUGUUACAGUAAUAUUUCGUCCAGCGUCUUUUCAGCAUGUGUGUGACGUAUACUCUUCCCUCCUCACACACACUUUUUUUGCCCAGCUACUGCAGUGGUACCUCAAUAAUUUUUUUAAAUUUCCGGCGCCUAUGCCAAAUAGAAAAUAAAUAAACAAAAUAAAAUAAUGAGUUGGGUAAAAAUCAUGUAACUGCGAACAGUCGUUACUCCAGUGUUAUCAUCUAGUAACUGCGAACAGUCGUUACUCCAGUGUUAUCAUCUAGUAACUGCAAACUGUAGUUACUCCAGUGUUAUCAUCUAGUAACAGCAAACAGUAGUUACUCCAGUGCUAUCACCACUGUCGCUAGAUGUCACAUUGGAUUAACAAGGGACAUAAAAUUAUGAAACGUGUAACAUUUCGCAGCGCCCGUGUGAGAAAGCCGAAGCAAUCCAGGACGGAGCCGUGAUGAGACAACCCCAGACAGGGCCAUGAUGAGACAACCUAGGACAGGUCCAUGCCGAGACAACCCAGGACAGAGCCAUGAUGAGACAACCCCGGAAGGGCCAUGAUGAGACAACCUAGGACAGGUCCAUGAUGAGACAACCUAGGACAGGGCCAUGCCGAGACAACCCAGGACAGAGCCAUGACGAGACAACCCAGGACAGGGCCAUGAUGAGACAACCCAGGACAGGGCAAUGAUUAGACAACCCAGGACAGAGCCAUAAUGAGACAACUCAGGACAGGGUUAUGAUGAGACAACCCAGGACAAGGCCAUGAUGAGACAACCCAGGACGGAGCCAUGCCGAGACAACCCAGGGCAGAGCAAUGAUGAGACAACCUAGGACAGGGCAUUGAUGAGACAACCCAGGACAGGGCCAUGCCGAGACAACCCAGAACAGAGCCAUGAUGAGACAACCUGGGACAGGGCCAUGAUGAGACAACCUAGGACAGGGUCAUGCCAAGACAACCCAGGACAGAGCCUUGAUGAGACAACCCAGGACAGGUCCAUGCCGAGACAACCCAGGACAAGGCAAUGCAGAGACAACCCAGGACAGAGCCAUAAUGAGACAACUCAGGACAGGGUUAUGAUGAGACAACCCAGGACAAGGCCAUGAUGAGACAACCCAGGACGGAGCCAUGCCGAGACAACCCAGGGCAGGGUUUGGGCGAAGACAGACAAUGGUGCCACUUAAAGUAUAGCAAAAAUGCCCCUGUCAGGCCCAGACCAGUAAAAAGACGAUUUUUUGCGCCCCUUAUCUUUCUGAAUUAUAUUUUUAUAUGUUAACUGUCCAUUAACAUAUUAUCUAAAUACGAUUUUGACACCCAUGAUGUUAACUGUCCAUUAACAUAUUAUCUAAAUACGAUUUUGGCCCCCAUGAUGUUAACUGUCUAUUAACAUCUUAUCUAAAAACGAUUUUGGCACCCAUGAUGUUAAGUCUCUAUUAACAUCUUAUCUAAAUACGAUUUUGACACCCAUGAUGUUAAGUCUCUAUUAACACCUUAUCUAAAUACGAUUUGGCACCCAUGAUGUUAAGUCUCUAUUAACAUCUUAUCUAAAUACGAUUUUGACACCCCAUGAUGUUAAGUCUCUAUUAACAUCUUAUCUAAAUACGAUUUUGACACCCAUGAUGUUAAGUCUCUAUUAACUUAUCUAAAUACGAUUUUGGCACCCAUGGUGUUAACUGUCUGUUAACAUCUUAUCUAAAUACGAUUUUGACACCCAUGAUGUUGGCACCCGGUGGGACUGCCCUCAUUGCCCCUUUAUCACGGGUCUGUCCGAGGGCCGUGUUGUACCUUGAGCGACGUGCCAUAUAUUAUGGGAACGGAACCACUGGCCUGUAGGUGGGGGUGGGGGUUGUCGAAAGCUUCUUGUAAGUACGCACUGUGGAGGAGAGUUCCAAAAAGAGCGCGUGCAUCAGAGGGCAGGGUACGGUAGAGAAUGUGACGUUUUGCGCGUAAGUACCUAAUGGAUGACUUCUUACUCCACACAUUGUUACAAACGUUGGUCAUUAUACUGAUUGAUCCAAUGUUUUAUAGUAGUGCAUUUGAGCAGCCGAGAAGCGUAACUGACAAUCGUCUCUAAUCGAACCCCCUCCAACCCCCCCCUCCCCCCACAUGCACACAGCAAUACAAUAUUAUUAUGCAUAUGACAGUUUAAGGAAGACAAUAUACUUUGGUCCUUUGCUACGUCUGGCCUUUUGAGUGACGUCAUUAUUUUUUGUCAUUAAGAUGUCCUCGAUGGCGGGAAAGUUCAUUUCCAUUUUUAAACGGAAAACCCCAUUUUGUUGAUUCGACGAAUUCUUCUUCUUGCGCUUGUUUCAGACUCCAGUCAAAUUCUCCGCAUCGCUUUCGGGGGCUUCAUCGGCGCCAUUGCAUUUAUUCUCAUUUGCAGUGGCGCCAUCCGGAAAUACAAUAAAGGAAGGCCGCACAGUUCAGUCUUUGCCUUCUUUGGGCGCCACCGCGUCAACUCCAGCGCCCAGCCUGCUGGGAACGGGCGAGGGGCAAUGGAGGCGCGAGGCACAACUCCUGGGGCGCUGCAGGGGCCCAGGGGUCAGGAGAGGUUAUCUUUCAGGAAAAGACUUUCAGAUUUUUUUCAGGUUGGUUUAUUUGUCAGAUUUAAUUGUUUAAUUAAGCGUUGUUUCAAGUUAUUGCAAAAAGAUGUUGGCUUGCAAUGAGAUGUUGGCUUGCAAUGAGAUGUUGGCUUGCAGCCCAUGUUGGGGCAUGGCCUGCUCCACCACAUAAAUUCGGAUCGAUCCAUGGCUUUCGCCUCCAUGCGCGAACCCCCAACUGGCAUAAAUCCGUGUCUACAUCUUCGAUCCAUCUCAGUCUUGGACGACCGGUGAGCCGUCUUCCCCAAGGCUUCUGCCUGUAGGUCGCUUUUGAUGAAUGAGAUGUUGGCUUGCAAUGAGACGUUGGCUUGCAACGAGAUGUUGGCUUGUAAUAAGAUGGUAAUAAGGAAAGAGAGUCUGCAAUCAGGUUAGCACAAUAUGAAAUUAGUAAAACAAAGUAAGGUCAAACCCGAAAAAAAGGAACGCAACAAAACAACAAACGUGUCGGCAGGAAGCCUUCAUCCGCGAACAAAACAGAAAAAACAGAAUAAAAUUUUAAAAUAGCACUUAGCUUAAUAUAGAAGUAGUAUCCAAGAGCGCAGCAAAUGAAUUGUGGCUUGCAAUGAGUGUUGGCUUGCAACGAGAUUUUGGCUUGCAACGAGAUGUUGGCAUGGAUCUACUCUUUAGAAUUAUUGUUGAUUAUUUGUUAAAUCUGUAUCCAUACUAUCAAUCUGAUUGGUGCAGUUAAGUUUCCAUGGGCCAUGUUUAUUGAAAGUACAGUUUGGAAAAGAAAAGCAUCAGUUAGAUCUGAGUUUAAGAAAGUGGCGAGGCGAGUCAAAGUCCUCCAUGGGCUGUAGCGCCGUAAGGAUGGACGGAUUUAUAAAUAAGGGGCAACAGGAAACAAAGACAAUCAAACAUAACUCUUAUUUCUCUGGGGAUAGUAGGCCAGAGUUAAUGGUACCUGAAUAAGGUUUUUGAAUACAUUUAAUACAAUUUCAUUCUCUUAAAUCAAUUAAUGAAGUUUCAUUUUUCUUGACAAACUUAACAAUUUGUUUUAAAAUACCUAGUCUUUAUUCACACCAAUUACAGGACAUGGUUAUGAAGCUCUCGCCCAGACGUUUAGACAUCGAAUCUUCAACCUCGGAUUCCAGCGACUACAGCAGCAGUCUGCACCCCCAGACCGGACCCCGACGCAACAACCGCUUCGGUCGGAGAUCGACGAGCUUGACCAGCUGCACGGACGCCACACACAUUUCUCAGGCCAGGAGCAGCAGCAGCAAUAACGAUUCGGACUUUGACCCCAGCAGCAUGUCCCAUAUUCAUCUAGACGGCCAUGAGAAUUUCGGCUAUCAGUCCAUCCCCGUCAGCAGCUUCACCUCGGACCCGGCAGCCGUGAAGCCACCCACCUACGAGGACUGCAUCAACACCGUGAACCCGCUUCACCUACACCACCACAGCGUACAGGCUUUUUACAACAGAGCCUUUGAUCUAAAGGACGAGGGCUGCCCCGAUAUGUUCAGCCCCCCACCACCCUACUCAGAGAUCAUCCCGGACAACCCCACGCACCCCAGCGCGAUAUUGCCUCAUGGUCAGGCCGUGGGUGAGUGCCCGGGAAUCGACCAGCAGCUCGAACGCGUGGCAUCCGGCGGGGGAACCAACGGCUCACAUAUGUACCCGGAUUACAGAUGCCAUUCACAGCAUCCACUGAAUAUAGGAAUCGGGAACUCCCUAACCCCGGUGUCCAUCCUGCAAAGCUCUGAUGCACUGACUGCCCCUGAGGGUGUCAGAAAGCCUGAAGCAGAAAGUAAAAUUUUGGAUGUGCUGGAAGCCAGUCCAUCGCCAGAGGGCGCUGUCCAACCUAACCACUUGUCAGCUUCGAACCCACACCAACCAACUGCUGAAGGCCUCGUCGCAGCCAAUCCCACUACUGCGCCACUGGCCCUACUUCGCCGGUCUGGUUUCAUCUCGACUUUGCCAGGAGAACCGCACACAAUUUUUGGCUCGGCCCCGGAACCUGAUCACAGACAAAAACCGUGCCCCAAAGGAACCAGGGCUGACAGAAAGAGCUGGACGCUAAAGCCACCCGACGAUUUGUUUUCUGAGCUGGCCACUGCCCAGUGUAGUGAUACUGACCAGUUGUUUGUUAAUGACUCAUUUUUCCAUGGAGCGCCUUGCUGUGACGACAUGGAGGUCGUUUCUUCUGUCAGUGCUAGCAAUAGAAUCCAAUCAACUGAAGACAGCACACAAGCUCCAGAAGCUGACUCAGACAGGCAAACAAAUUUUGAGACACCAGAUGGGAACAACGACAGCACAGGUCAAAGGUUGAAUAUUGAUGGACUGGAUGAUGUAGGUGAAGGUCACAAUGCAUGAGAUCUUUUUUUUUUCUUUUGAGUAUUAUAUUGAAAAUUUUAAUAUAUAUUUUCUCCGAUCAUCAAACUGUGUUUACAUAUUACAUAUUACCAGUACCUGUUGCUAAAACAUUUAUAUUGUCAGAUAAAUUGUGCAGAAUAUUUUUGUCUUCUCUGCAAAAAAUUUUGCUAAAACGAUUAACCCUUACUAUGCCAUUGUGCUGUGAUAAUCAUGUACCGUACCGUUUUGAAUGCACAAUUUUUCCCGUUAAUAUUAUUAUUAUUAGUAAUUUUAGAUGAUGAUUGCAUGAGUAAUUCGAGACAGCUUUAAAAACUAUAAGGACAAAUACAAUGAUCACAUUGAAAGUGAUUUGACAGUGCUUCAUGUCCUCCCUACUCAACUCUCUACACUGAUUGACCCAGAUGUGCUAGGCAACUCUGAAGUUGUUUUUCUUCUUUCAACUUACUUGAUGCUGAUUCACGUUUACCUUAUCAUGUUUCUAAGUAAAUAUUUUCUGCAUCAGAAUUGAAAAGUAAUCUGAUUAGUGGGCAUCCUAAAGAGAUGAAAGUUAAUUUCAAAGUUUGAAUGUUCUGCACAUCGAUGAUUAAAGACACAGAAGGUAAAUCUAGAUAAGGUAACUAUGUUUUGUUUUCAUUUUUAUAGGAAAGGAAUUUUUUUUAAUGAACCAUCAAAAAAUUAAUUUGAAAAAGAAAAAAUUAACAAUUGAUGCUGGCUGAAAAAAACAAUUGACGCUGAAAAAAAGUUAACAAUUGAUAGUGGUUGAAAAAAAGUUAACCAUUGAUACUGGCUGAAAAGAAAAAGUUAACUGAUAGUAGCUGAAAAAAAAGUUAACAAUUGAUACUGGCUAUAAAAAUAAUCAAAUGGAUGGCAACUGUGAUGAAAUUAGGAGCUCUUCAGCUAAAAUUUUUGAAUAAUUUAAUAUUGUGCACUGUCCUAACUUACAUCAAGUGUUGUGUUUCAAAUUUCUGAUUUAAAUGAAAUCAUGAAAAUAAUUUUUUUAAAUGUAUACUGGUAAAGUACCGAUACCGCACCCAUGAAUUCAUAAAGCAAAUUCAUGGCACAUAUUUUAAAUUAACUUAAGUUGCCACAUAAUUGUUAAUGAUUUUUUUUUUUUCAUUUUCAAUUUUUUAUAAAACAAAGAGUCCUGA